UGAGGCACUGUUGUGCUUUCGCUCACUACACUCGAGCGAAAGCACUUAACCCUGAUUGCUUCAGUAAAUAUCCGGGCUGUGUGAAUGGACUGUGUGUUUGAAAAGAAGCGUCACUAUGAACGUGAAUGAAUCGGCCUAGAUGUACAGCACGCAUGCUCCUGUGCGCGUGUCACGUUCUGACUCUAAAGCCGCCUCCCUCUCUCUCGGCGAACCCCUCGGCAGGACGUGCGGCGCGUCCCGGGCAUCACCCCGGCGAUCGUGAGGUCAUCGGAGACCAACGAGAAGCGCCCGUUCAUGUGCGCCUAUCCCGGCUGCAACAGGAGAUACUUCAAACUGUCCCACCUACAGAUGCACAGCAGGAAGCACACGGGGGAGAAGCCGUACCAGUGUGACUUCAGCGACUGCGGCCGGAGGUUCUCCAGAUCAGACCAGCUGAAGAGGCAUCAGCGCAGACACACAGGGGUCAAACCGUUCCAGUGCGAGACCUGUCAGAGAAAGUUCUCGCGGUCUGACCACCUUAAGACCCACACCCGGACUCAUACAGGCGAGAAGCCCUUCAGCUGCCGGUGGCCCAACUGCCAGAAGAAGUUCGCCAGGUCGGAUGAGCUGGUGCGUCAUCACAACAUGCACCAGAGGAACCUGACCAAGCUGCAGCUGGUGCACUGACCGGGGAGGCCUCCCGCCCCAGACGAACCCCACUAAACACAGACUCUCACGUGUCCAUUUCCACCAAUGACCAGAGGCUGAGUGGGCGUGGCCUCACUGGAAAACCAAUCAGAAUGAGGUCAAUGUCACUGGUUAUCCUUCUGUACACUCCCUUAUUACACUUUACCCAUACAGGAACAGUCAUUCCCCGUCUUACACCAAUGCAUCCUGAAGGUCUCACAUUCCUAUACUGUCAUUUUUCAAACACGAUGAAAUCCUCAGCGUCAUUUUUUAAAAUGAAGUUGCGACCGUAAGAAUUCUUAAAAUAACUUAUUGAAUUUUUAAAGAUUAAAACACUGUAUCGGUUCCCAAAAAAAAAAAAAAAAAAGAUAGUUUGUAAAGAGAGAUAUUUGUGUCUUUGGACCCAAACUGUCUAUUUCAUGGCUGCCGUCAUUCCAGUUCACCCUGAUCCGGGCAGAGUAGCGGUGCAGUAAAUUAACUUGCGCCCUCCUGUCAUUUUUAAUGACCGAACUGUAAAACUAUGUCCAGUGCAGCUCUUUCCAAGGAAGAUCCUCUGACUUGGACAGGCUCUGUGCCAAACAGCCGCGAGUCUGGAGUUUGUAAAAAUACAAAAAAGUCACACAGGUUAUGUGGCUAAGUAGUCAUGUUAAAAGUUUUUUUUUUUUAAGUGCUGGUCCACAGAUACCGUUAAAAAAAUCUCCCCAUUGAAAAAAGGUAACUUAAUUAUUGACUUUAAGAGUAAAAACUGUAAAGAGUAUGAUGGAAAUGUAGCUUUUUUUAAAUGUGUAUUAAUUAUUGUGUAUAUGUCUGAUAACAUAGCUACCGUUGAAACAAUAGGGAGUUUGUCGUACUUAAGAAAUUAAUGUUGUUACCCUCUUAAAUGUAUCACUGUUUCCGGCCUGUAAACUGCAUCUGCUCUGUUGGUUUUUGUUUUCUGUCCUGCUCUGAAUUAAAGUCCACUUGGUGGUGAAUCGA